AUGCCACCCAAAGGAGCCAGUACCGCCAAGGUACCAAUGAGGUUACCUCCACUGCCCAAAUUGAGGGUAAGAAGACCAAAUCAAACCGACUCAAAUCCAUGUUUGGCCAUUAUGACUUCAGUUCUCACAUGCUGGGCAUCUUCCGGAUAUAACGUAGCUGGAUGCCAGGCCUUAGAAACACAAUUGAGAACCUGUAUGGAUGCGCCUAAAGCCGCAGCCCAGAAGAAGAACACAAUCAAUUACCAUCUCUCACGGAUGUAUCCUAAGAUUGUUGGACCGCGCAAGAAGAAAUGA